AUGGCUGCGACAGGCGGCGGCACGGCGGCCGACCCUGUCUCGGGCGACAAUGGCUCCAGGCAUGGCGGGGCGACCCAGCCACGGGCGGCGGCGUGGGCUGCGGGCGCGGCGGCCGGCCCUGUUCGGAUGGCGGCGGUGGGCGGUGAUGCCGGCGUACAAUCUGGUUUCGGAUGGGCGACGGCAUGGAGGGCCUGGAGCGUUUCUCGCUCUCAAUCUCCCCUCAACGCUAACCCUCGAUCCCCUUCCACCACCUCCAUCCCCGUCCCCGACGAGCUCUUGGAGGAGAUCCUCCUCCGCCUGCCCACCCCGGAAGCGGUCGCCCGCGCCUCCGCCGCCUGCACAUCCUUCCGCCGCGUCAUCAAAGGCCGCCCCUUCCGCCGCUGCUUCCGCGCGCUGCACCGGCCUCCCCUCCUCGGCUUCAUGGAUGCGGCCGGAUUCCACCCCGCCCAGGCGCCGCACCCCUCCGCCCCGCUCGCCGGCGCCCUCGCCCCCUGCGCGGCCGAUUUCUCCUUCGUCCCGGCCGUCGUCUCUUCUGCCUCCGGCGUCCAAGAAGAUGACGGGGAAGGCCCCCGCUGGCGCCCCCGCGACGUCCGCGACGGCCGCCUCCUCCUCCAUUGGAGAUCCCUCCACCCCGGCUUCGUCCUCGACGUCUCUGAAGUAAGCAUCCUCAUGGGCUCCAGUGAGCUCGUUAGACACAAACGCUGUGCCCACCCCGAAUGGCGCAACGCCGCCGACUUCCACCUCGCCGUCUGUGACCCCCUGUCCAGCAGAUACAUGCUUCUUCCAACAAUACCAGAGGACCUCGCCGCCUAG